AUGGCUGCGCCAUCUCAGAAACCAGUUCCGGCACAGUCGUCCCCGCCGCCUGCUGCGGCGGCUGCCUCUGCUAUUCUCGAGAAGACUCACCCUGGUGUGCGUCGCUCGACUCCUGACUCGGACGCGCUUGCUUCUUCAGAUGACGACGGAGACCAUGUGGCCCAAGCCCAGAACAUAAUCCCACCUACUACCCGACCACCGGCACGCCGAACCUCGUGGCUGAAUGAGGUACCACUUUCAGCCCAACGCAAACAUUCCCUACCGGGAGGUCUCCUGUCAUCUGCUCCUUCCAAUCCUACCAGUCCCGCCACAGAACAGGCACCCUGGACGACAAAUACAAGUCCCGGGCUUGCUGGCUCCUUCAGUUGGAACCAAACCGGAGGAAGCUCCUUUCCCUGGGCUCCAGGUACAGGCAUUUGGAAUACCGAAUCCCGCAAGGAACCGCCAUCCCGCCUGUCAGAAAUGGUCCCUUCUCCUACUAUGACGAAUCCAGCUCCUGCCACCACCAUGCAAGAUGAAAUGCUGAGCCCGAUAACUCGUACCAUUUCUGGUGAAUCCGCUAUUCCAUUCUCUAUCCCGCUGCACCCUACUCCCAAAACCUAUCGAUCCCAGUCAUAUUCUGUUGGUCAAAUGGACCCUGAGUUCGUUGGCCUCACUGGUAAGUCUGGCGCGGGCGCUGGUACUGGCCAAUUUGCGGGUGGUCGCUCGCGCGGACCAGGACAGAUGUCGGCUGUUCAGCCUCGAGCAUCGCGUCCCAGUGUACUGGGUGAACUAGGACACGAUCCUGCCAUGCUCGGUCAGGUCCGCGAGGACGAUGAUGGUGACGAAAGCCUCAACAGUUCAGAAGGUGACACGAACUAUUCGGCUAGUCAGGCCCGAAGGAUCGAGCAGCUUGCACGUGAGAAUGCACUUUUACGACAAGCUGCUGCUGCAGGUCAAGCAGACAAUAGAUACCGCGAGCGCGCUGGAUCAGCUGCGUCUCUAGGCGGAGGAGUUCAUUCGUUGCAUCGCAUUAGAGGUGGUGUUCCAGAGGAAGACUUGGCCGUGGAAGAUCUGGGAGAAUUGCGUGAUAUUUCUGGAUACAACAUGCACGGCAAUAAUAGACGUCGCUUCUCUGAACAUUCACCACACCCGGAACCGCCAUUCUCGUCUUUCGCUCCCCCGCUCGAGAACCGUGCUCUGGAGAAUGUGCGCAAGGCUCACUGGCAGACUUCUCUCGGCUUUGGACGUAUGGCCGACAUGCCUCAGAGCCGCCGUCACUCCUUUGCAGAUAUUCCGAUGCGGCAUGGUUCAAUCGGUUCGGUUGACUCCCUCAACUCUGCCGCUCCUCGUGCAGCUAUGGGAGAUCGCGAAGAUGGUUAUGGCAUCAAUGACUACUCUAACCCAUCAUACUAUGCCCGUGAACAGACCUUGCGUGGCGAUGGCUCCUCGGGUAUUCCUGCUUCUCUUAACCAAUACGCCAUGUCGGGUGCGUAUGGUCGCCAGCAACCCGCCUUGUCCCACGCCCACCAGAAUCAGCUUCUAUACAUCGUCACCUUCAAGUGUCACCGCGCAGACGUUUUCUACAUCCAAGAAGACACCGGUCUCCAAGUGAACAAGGGCGAUUUGGUCAUUGUUGAGGCGGACCGGGGCACAGACCUGGGCACCGUUCAACAUGCAAACAUCUCUUUACAAAAGGCCAGAGAGUUGAAGCAACAAUACGCUGAAGAGCAUUACAAGUGGCUUAUGAUGUUCUCUCGGCAGGGUCAGCUUGAAGGUUCCAACGUCACCAGCCCCACAGGCCCGAAUGCUAGAAGUGCCACCGGUGGCAUGGGUCCUCAUGGUCCACACAGUGUGCAGGAGCCUACAACCGACCUGAAGCCUAAGCUCAUCAAACGCCUAGCACAGCCCCACGAAAUCCUGACUUUGCGCGACAAGGAAGGAAACGAGGCCAAGGCCAAACGUGUCUGCCAGCAAAAGGUAGUUGAGCAUCGUCUGAACAUGGAGAUCCUCGAUGCUGAGUUCCAAAUGGACUGGAAGAAGCUCACGUUCUACUACUUUGCGGAUUCAUACAUCAACUUCAACUCGUUAGUGACAGACCUCUUCAAGAUCUACAAAACUCGCAUCUGGAUGUCCGCCAUCAACCCGGCUUCAUUCGUCACUCCCCCAACCCCCGGUCUACCCGGCCCAGGCCCAGGCUCAAUGCCUAACCCGCUGUACACCCAAGAGACUCCAGACCGCCGUCAUCAACACGAUGGCAGACAACAUGGAGUGCGAGAGCCCGUCGACACAGGCCGUGACAUGCAGAACCCAGUGGGCAUGCUCCGCACAGCCUAUGGCGACACCUACCAGCCUUUCACCCAGCCUUCUCGCCAGCCAGACUCAUCCCAGUCGGAUCCCUUCGCCGCAUAUUCCCCGCCGGCAUAUGGUCCUCUCGAUGGAGCAUUCGAUUAUGGUGCCGUCAGUGCCGCCUCCAACGGUGCUACACGCAUGCACCCAGCGCAAGGUGAAUGGGUCGGUCGAUUCCAAGGUCUAUCCCUCAACUCCUGA